UGUUGAGAAUCAAACCCACCCAACUUGAAAUGAGGCAAUAACCCUCCCACCCCCUAGACCCCCUCAUUUUUUCCAUCUUGCCCCUCCAGUCCAGUCCACCCUUAAAGCGAAGGUCUUCUUGACUCUCUACCCCCCCGCCUCUCUCCUCCUGUUAAACGCCUGACGUUUGAAAACAAAACAAAGGCCAUGUAUGGAGAGAAAGAUCAUCGUGCCUCUAAUGGUGAGGUUGAGUCUGAGAGGUCUCUAAACAAAGAGAACCCUGUAGAGAAAAUGAUUGGUUUGUCUCGAAAGGGAAUUGAUUUUCUCAGAGAAUCAAAGAUGGGUUUUGAGGGGUUUGGCUUAAAACCCCAAGAACUCACUCUCAGCUACCUCUGUGAGAACAACAACAAUAAUCCCAAACUGGGUUUUUCUCUCAAGGGAAAAGAAGUAAUCUUUUCAGAGCUUUCUAUCCAAGAUGAGAAAUGGGUUGAGAGGGAUUUCUUGAAUCUGAGCGAAACCAAAUCCAAUUCUUCUUCCAAGAGACAAGUCCGCCACGAAGAAGAUGAGGAAGAAGUUGAAGAGAAUUCCUCAAGAGACAAGAAACAAAAGCUAGGGAGGACUUUAAAUCUUUCUUUAGCUUUGCCAGAUGUGUCUCUCUCUUUAACCGCAUCAAAUGCAUUGCAAAAUGUUGAUCCUCUGAUUGAGCCAAAUCGUAAUGAGUCCUUAGGUACGGCGGCGGCGGCGGCGGCAGCAGAAACACAAUCCAAAAAUAACAACACAAAAACUACAUGUUCUAAUGAUUUCACUGCUGCUUCACUUUCUUAUUCGUAUUCACACCCGUUUUCACACAAUCCUAGUUGCUCUAUGACUCUCAAUUCAACUGAGAAUUACGAGUAUUCUGUAGGGAGAGAUGAUCAAAUUUGGUGUGGAGGGGAAGGGACUAAUGGAUCAGUUCAUAGCCGGUUUAGGCCUAUUGGAGAUGGGAUUGUUGCUUUGAACAAUAACAAUCAUGGUGGUGGUGGUUCUAUAAUGCAAGGUAAUCGUGCAACGAAUAAGGAUUCGUGCAAUAAUAGUGUCUAUAAAACUACUAGUUCGGAUAAUCUUUCAUUUUUUCCAUCUGAAUUGCCGGCUAGGCCACGCUUAGAUGCUUAUUCAGGUGAUUCUAGGAGAAGGGAUUCAGAGAAUUUGAGAGGUUUGGAGAGUGGAGAUGGAGAAGGUGAAGCAAAAAAGCUGUCUAGACCAGGGAGAAUUCUUCGUGAGAUUGUUUCUGAGUCCAUUCCUGUUAUGGCUCAGAUAAUUCAGGAGGUAGCCGAAGAAACAUUGGAAUUGACGAAGGAGUACUUGAAGAAUCUAAUUGCUACGACUGAAAAGAGAGACGAGUUAGUUGGCCUUCAAAACCGGCUUCAGAGAAGGUCUGAUCUUACCAAGGAGGCUCUCUUAAAGUGCCAAAGGGAGCAGCUAGAAAUAUUAGUUGCGGUCAAAAUGGGGCAUGGAAGUUUUGUAUCUGGGAAAGUUCGGGUUCCUACGAAUGAGUUGGUGGAGAUUUUCUUGUUUAUGAGGUGUAGGAAUGUGAAUUGCAAGAGUAUAUUGCCUGUGGAUGACUGUGACUGUAAGUUUUGCUCGGGGAAUAAGGGAUUUUGCAGCUCGUGUAUGUGUCCUGUCUGUAUGAAUUUUGAUUGUGCUAGCAAUACAUGCAGUUGGGUUGGCUGUGAUGUUUGCUCCCAUUGGUGCCAUGCUGCUUGUGGCACACAAAAGAAUCUCAUUAGACCUGGUCCUAGCUUGAGGGGACCAUCAGGAACUAGGGAGAUGCAAUUUCACUGCAUUGGGUGCAAUCAUGCUUCUGAGAUGUUUGGCUUUGUCAAGGAUGUGUUUGUGUGCUGUGCAAAGGAUUGGGGUCAAGAAACUCUGAUAAAGGAGCUUGAUUGUGUUAGGAAGAUUUUCAAGGGAAGUGAGGAUUUCAAAGGAAAGGAGUUGCAUACUAAGGCUGAGGACUUGCUCUCCAAGCUUGAAAGAAAACUGAUGUCUUCUAGAGAAGCCUGCAACGUCAUUAUACAGUUCUUCAACUAUGGUAUGUCAGAUUUUCCUGCUUCUGGUGUUUCUGCAAAAGAAUUGAUGCCAACAGAAGCUACCCAUAGAAAAGAUGCAGUACCUAUGCUGCCAGCAACUUCUCUCACUCCAAAAUAUGCCAUUUACAACAUGGGCUCUUCAAGUGGAAGACGUGAUUCACUACCAAAUGAUCUACACCGAAAUGAUCUCAAAGCUUCCCUCCUUGAUGUCCUAAAACUUGAAAAUGAGUUUCAGUUUGGGAAGUUAUCGAAGAAUGAUGGCUUCAACAGCUUAGAAAGCAUUGUGCAGAUCAAAGAAGCUGAAGCAAGAAUGUUCCAGAACAAGGCAGAUGAAGCACAAAGAGAGGCCGAAGGUUACAGGCAGAUGAUUCGGGCAAAAUCUGACAAAUUAGAAGAAGAAUAUGCAGAGAAGCUGGCCAAAAUGUGUUUUCAAGAUACAGAAGAAACACGGAGGAAGAAAAUGGAGGAAUUGAAGACUUUGGAAAAUACAUAUUGUAAUUACUUCAACAUGAAGCUGAGAAUGCAAGCAGAGAUUGCUGGUUUAUUGGAAAGAAUGGAGGCCACAAAGCAGCAAUGGGUGUAAUUUAUUCCUUCGGUUUUUAUAAUUUUGCUCACGGACGAUGCGUAAUCGUGUGCAAUUGUCUUGUAUCUUUGCCAUUUUGAGCUUGAAAUGUUUGUUCUCUAAAUGCAAAAAUGCACGGCUUUCCUUCCUAGCUGUGGAACUGGGGAGCUUGGAAGUUCAUGGCCUUGAUGGGAAGAGCAAGGAACAAAACCAGUGAAAUUCUAUCUUAUAGUAUAUCAAAGGUUGUUUGAUAC